CAGGUAACAGCCUAAAAUGUGGUUUAUAUUAAUUCUAUCAAUAUGCCUCGUAUCCCGGGGCCUUUCUCAAGAAUCUCCCCCGGGAGCGACCAAAUAUAUUGGCGUGACGUACAAUGGCUUGUACGGAAAUCCCGAAGGUGACUACAGCGUUAAUGGUGGAGUAGACCCGGGAUUGAAUCUCGUAAACGUCGUUCUCGCUGCUACAUUCAACGAUGGUAAAACAUGGAAUGGUUACAAUGUACCAGACCAGCAAGAGUUCAACUUUGCAGAUACUUGUACUACAGUGAGCACAAUCGAACAAUUCUGGGCAGGCUUGAGUUAUUACAAUUUUCGUCUAACAGACCACUCCAGGCAAGACAUCGACGUAAAUCACCUGGAAGGACGUGAAUUUACGCUAAGUAAUGGAUAUCAGUAUUACGAAAAUAAGACUAACGGCGAUGGGUUUGUCUAUUAUGACGAAAAAGACGAAUGUAACCAUGGUACCGCACGCUAUAUGUUAGAGAAUGUGGAAUCUGGCAUGUAUCCAUUAUCCGACCCAUUCGUAUCCGCUGCAUGUAGUUUGCCAGAAUCUUAUGACACAGCUGUGUACAUGGAUUUUUUAGACACCUGGGGCACGGAUGUAGUAACCGAAGUGUCGCUGGGGAAGAAGACAACAAACAGGUUUGAAAGUGGAAGAAUAGAUUUUGUCGCCUAUGUUGCCGAUGAGUAUCCAGAUGAAGCUGUGCCCAACGGCGCAUACGAGGGGUAUAGAGAUUCAGUGAGAGUCACCAUGGAGACGUAUGUAACAACCUCUACUACAACCGGGGGUGUGUUAGUAUCGACGCUAAACACCGGAGAUUCGGAGCUGUCGGAGCCGAUACAGACCAAAGUCAUUAGCAUCGAUGAAGUGUUUGAUGUCAAGUUUUGGACUUUAUUCGAUGACUAUGUUCUUCGUGGUGUAUGUGCAUUGGCAAACACCACUGAACUGGAGUCAAGACAGACGAACGUGUUAGCAGCUCUGAAGAAUUAUGCAGAUUUCAAGAACGCCGCGACACCAGAAACUACAAUUGUUGUCACGCCUGUCACGUGGCCUGUUGGAAAGUACGGAUUUCCAGAAACCGAUUAUUCUUUCGAUGGAUGUCCAAUAUCUCCCGACUUUGUAUACGCAACGGGGUGGAUUAAUCAGGACACUGCCGACACAAGCGGAAAUAAUUCUCAUUCUGAUCCGUUUAAUUUGAAUCAACCCGAGAGUGUUAUAGGAAGUAAUGUCGAGUGCAAUUACUGCAUGAAGUUGGACGAAGAACCAAACAGAGAAGAAUGGAAAUGGCUGAAGGGAGAAUAUUGUAUGUAUCGUAAGAACAUAUGUCCACCAGGAUUCCUCUCUGGAUAUGUGUUGUGGGACGAUGAAGACCGUAGCAAUCAAAAUGCAUUUACCGGCGAGUUACCAGACGGCGUCUAUAAUGAAGACACUCUAACAUAUUUCUGCUGUCGGGAAGAUGCACCGACUCCAGAUCACGUGCUUUACCUACCAACCGACCGCCCAUUUGUAUUAUUCAAGAGAACGACAAAUUGUCCCAACGUAUUCGGUAUGAGCGUGAGUCACCAAUGGUUCAACUGGGGACAGGAACAAACUGUUGGCGGUGGGAAGUCACACCUCAGUGGGGCACAUCCGUACAACGACGGGGUUGGCGAAGAUAUUCGCUUACAUUACUGUUAUUAUUUUUAACAUGUAACAUGUUGUCAUUGUAACUGGAGUAACCCAAAAUAAAUAGCGAUUAGGGUAUGGAGUUGAAAAUUAAAAAA